GCCGCCCCCUCGCUACGUAUGCUGACGUCACACGGGCAAAGGUCAGGCAGUAACGAAGAUUCCGCCACCGCAGCCUCUCCGUCGCACUUGUUUAUUUUUGUAUUAAUAAAAAAACAACAUUCGAAGACGGGCAGAGCUGGGAGACAUGGCGCGACUGGUAGCUGUGUGCAGAGACGGCGAAGAGGACUUCCCAUUCCUGGCCAGACAAAUCCCCCUAUAUAUUGAUGAUACUCUCACGUUGGUGAUGGAGUUUUCCGACAGUGUCAUGGACCUUGACAGCCACCAGAUUAACAGCUCACAGUGGAAACAGUUUGCUGAGUAUCACUCCAAACUGAAGCAGCAGGACUUGAACAUUGCCAUGAUGGUGAUGUCCAGAGAGGUGUUCAGCGCGUUAUCCCAGUUGGUGCCAUGUGUGGGCUGCAGACGCAGUGUGGAGCGCCUCUUCUCCCAUUUGGUGGAGUCAGGGAACCCUGCGCUGGAGCCCCUCACUGUGAAACCCACAGGCAUGCUGUCCGUCACCAAGGCUUGUCUGGCAGAUGUAAAGAAGCUAUACACCCUUUUCUACGUCCACGGGUCAAAGUUGAAUGACAUGAUUGAUGCGAUUCCAAAAAGUAAAAAGAACAAGCGAUGCCAGUUACACUCCUUAGACACACACAAACCUAAACCUUUGGGGGGAAGCUGGAUGGAUGUGUGGGAGCUGAUGUCUCAGGAAUGCAGGGAUGAGGUGGUCGUCAUUGAUAAUGCCUGUCUCCUAGAAACACUGGAGACAUACUUGCGCAAACACAGGUUUUGCACUGACUGUAAGAAUAAAGUACUUCGGGCAUACAACAUCCUGGUGGGGGAGUUGGACUGCAGUAAAGAGAAGGGUUACUGCGCUGCCUUGUACGAGGGAUUGUGCUGUUGCCCCCACGAACGCCAUGUCCAUGUGUGCUGUGAAACUGACUUCAUCGCCCAUCUUCUUGGCCGGGCAGAGCCCGAAUUUGCAGGAGGUUAUGAACGCAGAGAAAGGCACGCCAAGACCAUUGAUAUUGCACAAGAGGAAGUGCUCACCUGUUUGGGAAUCCAUCUCUAUGAGCGGCUGCACAGGAUCUGGCAGAAACUAAGAGCAGAGGAGCAGACCUGGCAGAUGCUGUUCUACUUGGGUAUUGAUGCACUACGCAAGAGUUUUGAGAUGGCUGUGGAAAAGAUGCAGGGCAUCAGUCGCCUGGAGCAGUUUGUCGAAGAGCUGUCUGAGGAGGAGCGGGCCAAAGAGCUGAAACAGGAGAAGAAGAGGCAAAAGCGAAAGAACAGACGCAAAAACAAGUGUGGCUUCGACAUGUCUGAACAGGAGGCAGAGGACAAGGAGAAAAGUCUGGAUGAGGGUUCACUUGAGUCUGUGGAGGGCACUUGUAAGGUCUGUGGCAGCCAGGAUGAGGAGGAGGAGGCCGGCUCUGAGGAGGGCAUUGCCACCAGUGGAAGCACUUCAUGUAGCUGCCCAGACAGCACCAAGCAAGAUUUGUCUCCCCACAGCAACGGUAGCGACUGCGGCUACUCCUCAAGUAUGGAGGGCAGCGAGACAAGCUCACGAGAGGGCUCUGAUGUUUCCUGCACCGAGGGAAUCUGCAAUCACGAUGAAGCAGUAGAGUACUCAAGUGGCCACCACUGUGCUGAAGACAAGGAGGAGGAUGGCAUGGACAGUUGUGUGGAGUGCUGGGUUAACAAUGAAGAAAACACUAAGUGCAAAAAUAAAAAGAAAAGAAAGGGCAGGGGCUUAUGCAGUGAUCAGGGACAAAAAAGCGAAUGCUGUAUGACAGACGGGAACACAAGGGGCCACAGUCCAACAUCAUCACAAACUUGCCGAACCAAAAAGAUUUUUUCCUCCUUGUGCGGCAAUACAUUUGCUAGCAUUGCACUUCGGUUACCGUGGGCAGUUCAUCAAAAGAACCUCAGCCACCAUCUGGGGCCUUCAGAAGCAAAGAUGACGAGUCUCACAGAGCUUCUGGAUGAGUCUGAAGUGACUUCAGACGAUGAGAACUGUCUGACACAGGAUGAAAUCCAGGCGUUUGUGGAAAGCAACAAGUCCUUCUACAACAACCGGGACCAGUACCGACAGCACCUGAAGGACAGAUUCACCAACUACUGCCGUGCCACUGAGCAGAGAAAGCCAGUCUGCCGUGGAGAGUGGCUAACCACCACCAGUGUCAACUAGCUCUGCUCUGAAAAUCCUCCUGGGGGACAACACUCAAUGACCACUUCUGCGCCACCUUUAGAAAAGAGGAAGUUCUGGCAUAAAUUUAGUGUCUUGUUCUAUUUUCCUUCCUUUGUUUGAGGUAAAUGUGAUUCUUACGUUCUAUUGGUCAUCACUCUCGUUUGCUCUGACACACAAACGCACUCUCCAUCACGUUUCUCGCCCAUCAUCCCACCUGUAAUUGUUCUCUCUGACCAAACCUAGCUGUUUGUUGUGGGUCUUUUCUAGGGCUGUUGGUCAAGAGCACAGUGGAAUUGGUAAUCAAGCUUUGCAAGCUGUGACAUUAGGGAUAAAUUUUAGUAGUCUUAUUUCCACUUUUUUAUUGUUUCCAUUUUGUUUCUCUUCUGUGACACUUCAAUGUAGUGGCAAGGUUGUACCAAUAAAUGUGUACAGAAAUUCUAAAUAUAAAGAUUUUACAGAGAAUAAACAUCCAUUUAUAAAAUGAAAUUGGGUGUGAUGUUAAGAGCGCAAUGUGCAAAAUUUACUAAAUAAAGAAUAUUUAUUAAUAUGCAUUA